AUGGCUUUCGAUUGCCCCAUUUCUAUUUCGCCGCUGGUUUUGCCUGAGUUCGAUCAUAAUCAGCCGGGUUCAAUCGAUGAAAAGAGUUUCGGAUUCGGGCUUCCCAGUUUUGAUUUCGGCGGAUCCAUGGAGCUAAUGGCUGUGCCUAAGAAGAAGAUUUCUAAACACAAGAGAGGGAUAAGAAAUGGGCCAAAGGCUCUUAAACCUGUUCCUGUGAUCAUCCGUUGCAGUUGCGGGCGAGUUAAGCUGCCACAUUUCUUUUGUUGCAGCGGUGAGCGGCUAAACCCUAGUGAGCAAGGCAAUUCGAACAACUGAUAAAGGUUUUCAAUAUGAUCACUCCUUGUUGGAUAUCAAGAGGCAGCAACCUUGGCUUUUUUAGUAGUAGACUCGAGUGAUAUGAUAGACUUAGUUGAUGCUG